UUCGCAAACAGAAAAAGCUAGAGAGAGAAACUAGAGAGAGAAAGCUCCGAAACCUCCCCAAAAUCCCCCUCCCCUCCCCUCUCUCGUCGUUCUCGUCGUCUUCUUCGAGAGAGGCCGUCCGAUCUGUUCAAUCAAUUUCAGCCGAGUUUUGUCGAAUUGAUCUGAGAGGUUUUUAGAUCUUUUCUUGGGAAGCGAUAUGACGUCGCUUAGCAGAGAGCUCGUGUUUCUCAUACUUCAAUUUCUCGACGAAGAGAAAUUCAAAGAGACGGUUCACAAGUUGGAGCAAGAAUCUGGGUUUUUCUUCAACAUGAGGUAUUUUGAGGAUAUGGUGACAAGUGGCGAGUGGGAAGAGGUAGAGAAGUAUCUGUCUGGUUUCACAAAGGUUGAUGAUAAUAGAUACUCCAUGAAGAUCUUUUUCGAGAUUCGCAAGCAGAAGUAUCUUGAGGCUUUAGACAAGCGGGAUAGAGCUAAAGCGGUUGAAAUAUUAGUCAAGGACUUGAAAGCAUUCGCGGCAUUCAAUGAGGAACUUUUUAAGGAAAUUACACAGCUAUUAACUCUCGAAAACUUUAGGGAUAAUGAACAGCUAUCUAAAUAUGGGGAUACUAAAUCUGCUAGGAGUAUAAUGCUUGCGGAGCUAAAAAAGUUGAUUGAAGCUAACCCGCUAUUUCGCGACAAACUUCAAUUUCCGACCUUGAAGAACUCAAGACUGCGUACUCUUAUUAAUCAGAGUUUAAACUGGCAGCAUCAGCUUUGUAAGAAUCCAAGGCCUAACCCUGACAUAAAGACCCUCUUUGUAGACCACAGUUGUGGACAGCCAAAUGGUGCCAGGGCUCCAUCCCCCGUCACUAAUCCCUUAAUGGGGGCUGUGCCAAAGCCAGGAGGGUUUCCACCACUUAGUGCUCAUGGUCCAUUUCAGCCUGCUCCAACCGCUCUUGCUGGGUGGAUGGCAAAUCCUUCUCCUGUUCCUCACCCUUCUGCUUCUGCUGGGCCUAUUGGUUUGGCUGCCGCUAACAAUGCUGCCAUCUUGAAGCGCCCUAGAACUCCUCCUACCAAUAACCCUGCUAUGGAUUAUCAAACUGCAGAUUCCGAACAUGUGCUAAAGAGAUCAAGACCCUUUGGAAUAUCAGAAGAAGCCAAUAAUCUAGCAGUAAAUCUUUUGCCUGUUCCAUACCCCAAUCAAAGCCAUGGCCAAAGUUCUUACUCUUCUGAUGACUUGCCCAGAUCUGUUGUUAUGACUUUAAAUCUGGGUUCAGUUGUUAAGAGCAUGGAUUUCCAUCCAGUGCAGCAAAUUCUACUUCUUGUUGGAACAAAUAUGGGCGAUGUCAUGGUCUAUGAGCUACCAAGCCAUGAAAGGAUUGCUGUAAGGAAUUUCAAGGUCUGGGAGCUUGGAGCGUGUUCAAUGCCUCUGCAGGCAUCUCUGGCCAAUGAUUAUUCAGCAUCUGUGAACCGUGUGAUGUGGAGCCCUGAUGGAACCCUUUUUGGCGUUGCAUACUCAAAGCACAUUGUGCACAUAUAUGCCUAUCAAGGUGGUGAUGAUUUACGAAAUCACCUAGAGAUUGAGGCUCACGUUGGCAGUGUAAAUGAUCUUGCAUUUUCAUAUCCAAACAAGCAGCUAUGCGUCGUCACAUGUGGGGAGGACAGGGUCAUUAAGGUAUGGGAUGCAGUUACUGGGGCAAAGCAGUAUAUUUUUGAAGGCCAUGAAGCGCCUGUCUAUUCAGUGUGUCCACAUCACAAGGAAAAUAUUCAGUUCAUCUUCUCGACAGCAACUGAUGGGAAAAUAAAGGCGUGGCUAUAUGAUAACAUGGGCUCAAGAGUUGACUAUGAUGCACCGGGCCAUUCAUCUACCACUAUGGCGUAUAGUGCUGAUGGAACCAGGUUAUUCUCAUGUGGGACAAAUAAAGAAGGAGAUUCAUACUUAGUUGAAUGGAAUGAAAGUGAAGGAGCUGUCAAGCGUACCUAUCAUGGUCUUGGAAAGAGAUCUGUGGGGAUUGUACAAUUUGAUACUACAAAAAAUAGGUUCUUAGCUGCUGGAGAUGAGUUUAUGGUCAAAUUCUGGGACAUGGAUAACGUGAAUCUAUUGACGAGUCUUGAUGCUGAUGGUGGAUUGCCGGCUUCUCCUUGUAUCAGAUUCAACAAGGAAGGAAUACUGUUGGCAGUCUCAACAAAUGACAAUGGAGUCAAAAUUUUAGGAAACUCUGAUGGAAUUAGGCUCCUACGAACUAUGGAAAAUCGUACAUUUGACGCAUCUAGAGUUGCUUCGGCAGCUGCAGUCAAGCAGCCUCUUGCAAUUGGUGCAUUUGGUUCGGCCAACAUUUCUGUUGGAACAAGCAUUGGAGAUCGAACUACACCAGUAGCGGCAAUGGUUGGAUUGAACAAUGAUAGCCGGGGCUUGGUUGACGUGAAACCUAGAAUUGCUGAUGAGUCGCUAGAUAAAUCUAGGAUCUGGAAACUGACAGAAAUCAAUGAACCAUCACAAUGCCGCUCGUUGAAACUUCCUGACAAUUUGACAGCAAUGAGGGUUUCUAGACUAAUUUAUACAAAUUCGGGUUUGGCCAUAUUGGCAUUAGCAUCUAAUGCAGUACACAAGCUCUGGAAAUGGCAGAGAAAUGAUCGAAAUGUUGCAGGAAAGGCCACUACUAGUGUUGUACCACAAUUAUGGCAGCCUACAAGUGGAAUAUUAAUGACCAAUGAUAUUAGUGAUACAAAUCCUGAGGAAGCCGUUCCAUGCUUUGCUCUUUCAAAGAAUGAUUCAUAUGUUAUGUCUGCUUCUGGGGGGAAAAUCUCCUUGUUCAACAUGAUGACAUUUAAGACAAUGACAACAUUCAUGCCGCCUCCACCGGCAGCCACAUUUCUGGCAUUUCAUCCUCAAGACAACAAUAUCAUUGCCAUAGGCAUGGAGGAUUCUACCAUCCAAAUUUAUAAUGUUCGCGUUGACGAGGUAAAAACCAAGCUAAAAGGUCAUCAGAAGAGGAUAACAGGUCUUGCCUUCUCUCACUCUCUGAAUGUACUUGUAUCUUCGGGAGCCGACUCCCAGCUGUGUGUCUGGAACACAGAUGGAUGGGAGAAGCAGGCAAGUAAAUUCUUGCAGAUUCCAGCUGGGCGAACAGCAGCUCCUGCUGCAGAUACCCGAGUUCAAUUUCACCAGGAUCAGAUACAUCUAUUGGCAGUUCAUGAAACUCAGAUAGCUAUAUAUGAAGCACCAAAACUGGAAUGCCUUAAGCAGUGGUUCCCUCGAGAAGCUACUGGUCCAAUCACCCAUGCUACAUAUUCUUGUGAUAGCCAAUCUAUAUAUGUUAGCUUUGAAGAUGGAAGUGUGGGUGUUCUAACUGCUUCAACACUUAGAUUGAGAUGUCGAAUUAAUCCAACUGCUUAUCUACCUCCGAACCCGAGCUUGAGGGUGUAUCCUCUUGUCAUUGCGGCACAUCCUUCUGAAGCCAAUCAAUUUGCACUAGGACUCACAGAUGGUGGAGUCCAUGUACUCGAGCCGUUAGAGUUGGAAGGAAAAUGGGGCACCUCCCCUCCCACAGAAAAUGGUGCGGGGCCUAGUACUGCUGCAGGAGCAGCCGGAUCAGAGCAACCUCAAAGGUGACAUUUAAAUGUGCAAGCCCUUUCCUAAAAGGACCUCUAGUAUAUGUGAUUAUUCCGUAUAAUACCUUUCCCUGGUCCCAACAUAUUUUAGUUUUUUCGGGGCGGAGCUGCAGAAAUUAGGUCUUAUAGUCGUUAGAUACUUGAAUUAACCCAGUAGAGUUUGUUUAAGUGGCACCAGAUGAGCUCAUGAUGACGGUUGUGGCCACGAGUUUCCCUCAUUUAGCACAUUGGACAAGUAUGAAUUGCUGCUGUAAAAGGGAAAUUGUAGAGACAAAAGGCUAAAUACAUGGAAAGGUUGGGCUCUCUGACAAUAGGGAAAUUCAGUAAAAUGAUGAUUUAUAAGUUGCUGUGAUUGGGCCCAUCUUUCUUAUCCUCUUAAUUAUUAUUCUGAAAUUUUUUAAUUGUAAUUUGUCAACGGUGUUUCAUUUUCUUCUCUAAUUACUAGGUUUUUCUCUUCAUUUUUUUCGUUACACUUUGUAAUAAAAUUUCUAGUGUUUAUCACAAUAAAGUACAGCUUUUGCGUAGAUGCAUCAUGGAAUCGCCUUCUGUUUUGGUACUGCCCCA